AUGUCGGAGCCCAAGGCCAUUCAGCUACAGUGCUGGGAUCAGCGCGUGCGGGAAGGGCGCGCAGUGGCAGCGGGCUGUGGCCCUUCUCAGCGAGGUUCGCGAGGCGAAGCUGGAGCCAACCGCCAUGAGCUACUGCGCCGUGAUCAGCGCGUGCGAGAAGGGCGAGCAGUGGCAGCGGGCUCUGGCGCUGCUGAGCGAGAUGUGGGAGGUGGACCUGGAGCCCAACUCAGCUACAGCGCUGGGAUCAGCGCGUGCGAGAAAGGCGAGCAGUGGCAGCGGGCUCUGGCGCUGCUCAGGGAGAUGUCGGAGGCGAAGCUGCAGCCCGACGUCAUCAGCUACAACGCUGGGAUUAGCGCGUGCGGCGAUAAUGGGGGGCAGUGGCAGCGGGCUCUGGCGCUGCUGAGCGAGAUGCAUAAGGCGAAUCUGGAGCCCGACUAA